AUGGCUGAACCCACCACCACCACCACCACCACUACGGCUCCUGAAGCCACUGCCACCACUGGCACCACAACCACCACCAACGGCACCACCACCGCUUCCCCAUCCAAAGCAUCCACCGUCACCCUCCGCGAAAUCACAAAGGACGACUGGCGCGCCAUCACCCAACUCGCCCCCUUCCCCUCCCAGUCCGCCAACGUCUCCACAAACGCCAUGUCCCUCGUCGAGGCCCACUACAGCUUCGACGCCUGGUUCCGCGCCAUCUACGCCGACGAGACCCCCGUCGGCUUCCUCAUGAUGUCCAUCUGGGACCCCGAGGACUGGUACUGCAUCUGGCGCUUCAUGAUCGACGCCCGAUACCAGAAGAUGGGCUUCGGCCGCCAGGCCAUCCUCCUCGCCAUCGAGCACGUCAAGACCAACCAUCCCCAAGCCAAGCUGCUCCGUCUCAUGUCCGCCAGCCCGGACGGCAAGAAAGGCACCUUGCCCGAGGACUCGCCCUACAAGUUUUACGCCAGCCUGGGCUUCAAGGACAUUGCCGAGAUCGACGAGAGGGGAGAGAUUGAAAUGGGCAUGGACCUGUAA